AUGCGGCACAGAAGUGUGGAGUCAAGGCUACUCCACCUGAGGAAGAAUGAGCAGAAGAAAAAAGGUGGUGUCUGGCAGCUAUUGGAGCAGGGUUUCAGGAUGGUGGUCAUUAGCUUGACAGCAUUACAAGCAUACUGUGUACGAACGCUGAUCAAGCACCGGUGGACGGAGAAAGUUAUCAGGCAAAGACAUCCAGAUGCUGAAUCUUGGAAACUGGACAGGAUCAUUAGAAUGGUAAAGACCAAAGGAUUUGAAUGUGGUGCUGACAGCUCCUGCUACAGAAAUUCACCAGCCGAGGCCACGCCCUCCCCGGGCACCGUCUGCGGCCCGCCGCUCCUCACUGUGGUCUGGGUGGACUUGACCAUGGCGGGCUCCAGCUUCCUGAGCCCCAAACCCCAGAACGUGCAGCAGAGACAGGAAGCUUGGACUUGAAAACACAAGAAGGCGUCAGCCAAACUGAAGGCCCGGGCCCUGGAAGGCUGGCUCAGCCCCGAGCUCAGAAGUCAGGUGGAAGGCUCAGAAAAUGAGCUGGAAAAUGAGCUGGAAAUCUCGUUCAACGCCCUCUUGGAUGUUGGGAUCAAGCUGUCAGGGGCUCAGUUCCACCAGCACGGUCAGACCCUGGGGAAGUUUCUUCAGGAGGUACUUUGGGAAGAGGCCAAUGAAGCCUCGGCUGACAAGUGA